UAUCUUAAGGAAAUAUGUACUUGAUCUUCUGGAAGAAACCGGCAUGCUUGGUGCACGACCUAUUGACACCCCUAUGGAUCCAAUUCGUAAAUUCUUGAAAGAGGAAGGAGAGUUGUUUGGAGAUCCAAGUAGGUAUCAAAGACUUGUUGGGAAAUUGAAUUAUCUCACUAUCACUAGACCAGACAUCUCUUAUGCAGUGAGUGUACUGAGUCAAUUUUUACAAAUGCCUAGGGUCUCACAUUGGGAUGCUGUAAUUUAUAUGCUUCGUUAUCUUAAGCGAGCACCUGGCCUUGGAUUACUGUAUCGACCAAAUGAACAUCUUAGGGUUGAAGCCGUUUCAGAUGUUGAUUGGGCAGGAUCCCCUUCAUAUAGAAGGUCUACUACUGGAUAUUGUACCUUUGUAAGAGGUAACUUGAUUACAUGGAAGAUUAAGAAACAAGCAGUAGUAGUUCAGUCUAGUGCAGAAGCUGAAUAUAGGGCAAUGGCUCACACUACUAGUGAGCUGGCAUGGUUGCAACACUUCUUCAAGAGAUUGGGUUUCCAGCUCCUACCCCUCUUCAGUUAUUUUGUGAUAAUCAAGUUGCAAUGCAUAUUGUCUCUAAUCCUAUGUUCCAUGAGAGGACUAAACAUAUAGAGAUUGAUUGUCACUUCAUUUGAGAUAAAGAUACUAAGUGGUGACAUUGC